AUGCUUGUCAAGUCAAUAUGUCGAAGUAUUCUCUGGCCUAGGCCUGGUCUGAAGUCGCUUUGGCGAGGCGUACAUACUGUAUCCGAUGGCUUGUCUCCAGUACUCUUAACCAGAGCUCGCUUGCUCGCAGCGGAGCAUACAAAACUUUCAGAACGACUAGCGGAAACGUUCGACGCAAAAACUGCCAAACGAGCUGGGGAAUUGGCACCGAUUGCAGAUGUUUUGAAAGAAUGGGUCAAGGCCAAUGAUUCUAUUGCAGAGCUCAAGUCCCUGCUAGCCGAUCCAAGUACCGAUGCCGAAUUGCGGGCUUUGGCAACAGAAGACCUCGAGAGCAGUCACGAUUCCCUGCCAACGAUAUCAGACCGCCUCAAGAAGUCUCUCAUUCCGCGACACCCAUUUGCAGAUCUGCCUUGCCUGCUUGAAAUCCGCCCAGGCGCAGGCGGAGAUGAAGCAGGCCUGUUCGCCUUUGAGAUGUUACGGAUGUACGUCGCGUUUUGCUCCCGAAGAGGCCUCCGCCCAACUAUUUUGAAGCAGGACACAGAGGUCGGCCCCUCGGAAGAUCGUCUCAGUGAAGCGGUGAUUGAGAUUGAAGCCAAUGGAGCAUAUGAUAUCCUACGGACUGAAUCCGGGGUACAUAGGGUGCAGAGGGUGCCCGCAACCGAGACUAAAGGUCGCACACAUACCAGCGCCGUCAGUGUGAUGGUCCUGCCGAGUUUUCCCGAGACCGGUGGCGAUAUGGAUAAUGCUUUGAAUUUCGAAGACCCAAAUAGCGACUAUUAUAUUGAUCCCCAAGAGGUGCGGGUCGAAAAAAUGAGGGCUGGUGGUGCUGGCGGGCAACACGUGAAUAAAACCGAAUCCGCCAUCCGACUCACACAUAUCCCUACAAAUACGGUGGUUUCCAUGCAGGAUGAGCGGUCUCAGCAAGCCAACCGAAGAAAGGCGUGGCAGGUGCUACGGGCCAAGCUGGCUGAAGCCCGACAAGAGGCCCGCGAGCAAGAACUUGUGCAGCUCAGAAGAGGUGUCCUAGGUGGUGUUGCCAAAAUGGGUCGGGGUGAUAAGAUUCGAACUUACAAUUUCGGUCAAAGUCGCUGCACUGACCAUCGCACCGGCAUUACCAUUCAUAACCUGGAUGGUGUCCUCGAUGGCGGUGAGGGCCUCGAGACUGUGAUGGAGAGCGUGCGAACCUGGAUGGCUGAUAACGAGGUUGAGGCCAUGGUAGCCGAGGAUAUGGCGAAAGCAAGAGAGUGA